AUGGUGGUGCAAGUGAAGGACAAAGUGAAGGACUCCACAGAUAUGAGCAAAUACCCUUCCGACGAGUGGAUUGUGUUCCAAUAUGUAGAUGGCCUCGUGGUAACUGGGGGCGGGACAUUCGAUGGUCAAGGAGCAUCUGCAUGGAGCCUCAACCAGUGUCUAAGAAGGCCCAUUGCAAACUCCUCCCUACCUGUUGGUAGCUUGGGCAAGCGUCCCAAGGAGGGUGAUGUGGAAGGGCUUCACGUGAAGAACUACACCAUCUCAGGCACCACCAAUGGUCCCUCACGAGUCAAGAUCAACAAUAUAAGUUUCAAGAACAUUAGAGGAACCUUGACUUCAAAAGUCGCAGUGAAUCUCUUGUGCAGCAGGGCAUUCCCUUGUAAAAAUGUUGAGCUCGAUGACAUCAAAUUGGAGUACAAUGACCAAGGGGAAGCUUCAACUGCUUCAUGUACCAAUGUAAACGAAGUCUCUGCUGGAGUACAAAUACCACCGACUUGCCUCUAG